CAGACCAUCCGUCACCAGUCGCCGUACGCCUUCCUUGUUUGCUCUUCCCUUCCUUUCCUUCUGCAGUCCAUCAUGUUGGGAGCAAUUACUGACAGCAUUGCAGCUACUACGAGGAAGGGCAAAUCGUCCCGUGAAACCCCUUCGAGCGUGGAUACCGCCACCUUAUCCAAGCCAAGGGGUCGAGGGAGGCCAAAACUCGCUCGCCCCUCCAUUCCCAGCACAUCGGACGUAGACGGCUCUUCCGACGACGAGAUCAUGGUUGAUGCUACCGGCCGAUCAACACGAACACUCAAAGAAGUUGCCAUCCCAGUAAUGGCUUGUGCUCCAACCACGAAGAAGAACUCCUCCGCUACCUCUCCGACCGAUUCCACCCCUUCCUCCCUUCCCACGACGAGGUCUAACACGCCCGAUCAAGACACUCCCAAUACAACGCCUGGAACAUCCGUCAGAGGCACGGCGAACGGCAAGCGCAAACGCAGCCUGCUUGGGAAGAACGUCAUCACGAUCGAUGAUAGCGAAGAUGAACAAGAUGCGGAUAUGCAGUUGGCGAAGAAGCUGCAAGAGGAAGAGUACGCCCGCGAUGUGACGCCCAACAAGCGUGCCAAACUUGCCCUGCGACCGGCCUAUGAUUCUGGAGACGACAGUGAGAGCGCGCUUAGUGAGCCCGAGUCUCUGGAUACCUCAGAUUCAGGACCGCUUCGCACGCGUCGCCUACGUCUUCAGGCUGCUCAGGCGACAAUCCCUGGCCAAGACCACCUGUCUAAGUUCAUGCUGGAUGAGACCUCGGAUUCUUCGGAUUCAGCACCGCUUCGCAAGCGCCACCAACGUUUUCAGGCUGCGCAAGCGGGAUCAUCUGGCAAAGGCAAGCAGCCCGCGCUUCCCUCCACCUCGAAAGGGCGCGGCAAGAUGGCGGUUGUUCCCAAGACUGCGGUCAAAUUCGAAGCCAGCGACUCAUCAGAUCUUUCCGAACUCGAUGACAAUGAUGUAGACAUGGACAGCGAUGAUGGAUGGGCAGAAACCCCGGACACGGUGUCAGCCAGUGCUAGUGACGCUGAGUCUGACCUGAGCUUGGUCUCCGCCAAUACGUCCACAGCUGCUCAAGCUCCUUCAUCAUCUCGGGGACGUGGACCACGCCACGGCAACAUCAGCCGCAAUGGAGCGCGCCGCAUGGCCAGACGCAUUUCCCGUAAAAUUGCUAAUAGUCUUUUGACCAGGAAGGAGCGCGAGCGGAAGAAGCUGGAGAAGGCUCAUCCUUCCAUCAAGACGAUGUGGAAGGAACUGGCGCAGUCACCCAUCAUUCAGCCAGUCGCUGCGCAGCAGCCAGCCACCAUCUCGCGUCGACUCAAACCCUUCCAGCUUGAAGGUCUCGACUGGAUGCAGAGGCAAGAGAAGACCAAGUACCGAGGAGGUCUGCUCGGAGACGAGAUGGGCAUGGGCAAGACGAUCCAGGCUGUCUCGCUCAUCAUGUCCGACUAUCCCCAAAAAGAGCCGACCCUGGUGGUUGUCCCGCCUGUCGCUCUCAUGCAGUGGUCGACUGAGAUCCAGGACUACACCGAUGGGCGACUGAAAGUGCUCGUUUACCACGGCCAGAACAGCAAGGUCAAAAGCAUGAGCAUCAAGGAGCUGAAGCAGUACGACGUCAUCAUGAUCUCGUACAACAGUCUGGAGUCACUCUACCGAAAGGAGACCAAAGGCUGGAGCCGAGGAGAGGAUUUGAUCAAGGAAGAUUCACCCAUCCAUGCUAUCCACUUCCAUCGCCUCAUUCUGGACGAAGCGCACAGCAUCAAGCAGCGUACGACUGGCGUCGCCAAGGCUUGCUUUGCACUGAAGGGUACCUAUAAAUGGUGUCUGUCUGGCACGCCCGUACAAAACCGCAUCGGCGAAUUCUUCUCCCUGCUUCGCUUCCUCGAAGUGCGCCCUUUUGCCGACUACUUCUGCAAGCGCUGCCCCUGCUCCAUCCUGCACUGGAAACUGGACGAGGAUCAUACAUGCACCAGCUGCAAACAUACGGGCAUCGAGCACGUCUCUGUGUUCAACCAAGAGUUGCUGAACCCCCUUACCACGUCCGAGGAUCCAGAUGUUCGUACGGAAGCCAUGGACAAGCUGCACUCCAUCACCGCACGUAUCAUGCUCCGCCGCAUGAAGGGCGACUAUACGAGCUCGAUGGAGCUUCCACCAAAGGAGGUCAUCGUGCACAACGAGUUCUUUGGGGAGAUUGAGCGCGACUUCUCGUCCAGCAUCAUGUCCAACACCGCCCGCCAAUUCGACACUUAUGUGGCGCGUGGUGUCAUGCUCAACAACUACGCCAACAUCUUCGGCCUGAUCAUGCAAAUGCGCCAGGUCGCCAAUCACCCCGACCUUCUUCUCAAGAAGCAUGCAGCAGAGGGGCAGAACGUCUUGGUGUGUAACAUCUGCGACGAGGUGGCUGAGGAGGCCAUCCGAUCACAGUGCAAACACGACUUCUGCCGCUCUUGCGUGAAGAACUACGUCCAGUCGGUGGAGGAGACGGGAGGCACGCCCGACUGUCCGCGCUGCCACAUUCCUCUUGCGAUUGAUUUCGACCAGCCCGAGAUCGAGCAGGAUGAGGAGAAUGUGAAGAAGUCGUCGAUCGUCAACCGCAUCAAGAUGGAGAAUUGGACGUCGUCCACCAAGAUCGAGAUGCUGGUCUAUGAUCUGUACAAGUUGAGGUCGAAAAAGCAGACUCUCAAGUCGAUCAUCUUCUCUCAAUUCACCUCGAUGCUGCAAUUGAUCGAGUGGAGGCUGAGGAGGGCGGGGUUCAAUACUGUGAUGCUUGAUGGAUCGAUGUCGCCCAUUCAGCGCCAGAAGAGUAUCGAGUACUUCAUGACAAAUACCGACGUCGAAGUCUUCCUCGUGUCGCUAAAGGCAGGUGGUGUUGCGCUCAACCUGACUGAGGCAUCUCGCGUCUUCAUCGUGGAUCCGUGGUGGAAUCCAGCGGCCGAAUGGCAAUCCGCCGAUCGAUGCCACCGCAUUGGCCAGAAGCGUCCUUGUGUCAUCACACGGUUGUGUAUCGAAGAUUCGGUCGAGUCGCGUAUGGUCAUGCUUCAGGAGAAGAAGGCGAACAUGAUCAACGGCACCAUCAACAAUGACAAGUCGUCCAUGGAGAAGCUUACGCCGGAAGACAUGCAGUUCCUCUUCCGUGGAACGUAGAGGGACUCUCUCUCUCUGGGGCAAACACGCGGAUCAGUGGCGAUGCUUCUGUCGUUUAAGUUGCUACUGCGGUCGCCAUUGAGCAUAUGAGGUUAACGAAUUACAUGGGAUCAUGGGGGAGAGAUGCUCGAGCUGGACCUCAGAGCCACCGUACAUAGAGCAUAGCGGUCUGCGCGUGAUGAAUGCGAGCAUACAUAUGACCGCGUUAUUGGUCGGAGUAUCAACGUGCAAUCCGA